CAAGAAAAAGAUGGAGGGCAACGGAGAACCGGACAGUAAGGGGACUUGUGGUUCCGAAGAUGAGACGAGGCGUGAAAACGUUUCGGGCCCGUGUGCGGACAGAACCAGCAAAUCCGAUACAGCUGAUCCGCGGAGGAACCGACUGAAGCUUUUCAACAAAGUUAUGGAGAAGAGCUUGGAGAGACUGAUAGCCGAUGUCAGUUUCCACAGGUUUGCCAAGACCUUCCACCCUUUUUACAAGCAGAAGCCCCAGCUGACGGAGAGCAUCCACAAGCAGUUCGUCUCAGAGCUGCAGGCAGCAAUUCAGGAUGACAUUGCUCAGAUCAUGGAGGAGGGAAAUCUCCAGUAUAAACUUGAGGAGCUAGACCGACUGGAAGCAGCGGCGACGGAGAGCAUGGACCCAGCAUGGCGUCCAAGUGGGGUGCCAGAGAAGGACCUGUGCAGUUUUGUGAUGCCAUACUACAUGCAACAGCGACAGUAUCUACACAGGGAGCUGAAAAAGCUUCAGAAGGAGAAUGCUACACUGGCUCAGAAAGCUCAGGUUGGCCGCGAGCGCAUUGCCCUCACUGAACAGCGCAUUGCCAGUAGCGUCGAGGAGUGGCGGGCCACCGCUGGCACACUGGAGGCUCUGGAGUCUUUGUCUCCCUCACAGAACUUUGAUAACUUGUAAUUUUCCUAUGUGACAUCAGUGCCAUCCAACUUAUUCUGGAAUAAUUUACUGUACACAUUUGAGUUUUCACAUAACAGCAUUAUUGUGUAUUUCUCUUCUAGAAUUUCAGUAUUUCGAACAAAUUUUAACACCUCUUUUCUUUUUCUUUCCAUUGACAAAAGUACC